AUGACUAUUGUUCAAAAUAAGUGUUAUUCAUAUAAUGAACUUACUAAAUAUACAUGUCACCAUAAGAAUAAGGAAAGGUUAUAUAAAACGCGAAAUUUAAUAAUAUAUUCUUUCUCAGUGAUUAUAAGUUGGAUAAAUAGCAUGUCAAUAUGUGAUAU